AUGUCUAGCACCAUCACCCAGACCACCCAGGCGCCCACCGAGGGUGUCGCCAAGCUCUCGCUCAGCGGUGCCCCUGCUGUCCCCAACAACGUCUGGUUCAGCUCUACCGGCCUCCCCGAGUCCGAGUACCCUUACAAGCACUACCUGCCCUCGCUUGAGAAGAAGGUCAAGGGCCCCCCUCUUACCGAGUUCGUCCACGUCGACCCCGGUCACGAGGCGCUCAAGCACGCCGAGCCUCGCGCCUUCCUGGCCGCUGGAAAGGUCGAGAACCUCUCCCCGCGUCUGGGUUCGGUCGUCGAGGGCGUCCAGCUCCACAAGCUCGACACCGCCGCCCGCCAGGAUCUCGCCCUCUUUGUCGCCCAGCGCGGCGUCGUGGCUUUCCGCGACCAGGACUUCAUCGACCAGGACGCUUCUUGGCUUGUGAACGAUUGGACUGCGUUCUGGGGCCGUCCUCACGUCCACCACUCGACUGUGCAGCCCGUGGGCCACCCCGAGCUCCACCUCGUUUACCGCGCGGCUGGCUCAGACUACAACUACGACCUGUCCGACCGUUCGAACAGCACCAACUGGCACAGCGACGUCUCCUACGAGAGGCAGCCCCCAGGACUUACUGCCCUGUUCCUCUUCGACUCGCCCGACUCUGGAGGCGACACUGGCUACGUUGACCAGCGCAACACCUACCAGCGCCUCACGCCCAGCUUCCGCGAGUACCUCGAGACCCUCUCCGUCCUCCACUCGGGCGUCCAGCAGGUCCAGAGCACCCUCGACGGCAAAUACGGCAGCGGCCAGGUCGGCCGUGACCCCGUCGAGAACGUGCACCCUCUCGUCCGCCGCCACCCCGUGACUGGCGAGAAGGCCCUCUACAUUAACCGCACGUUCUCGCGCCACAUCGUCGGCCUCAAGCGCGAGGAGUCCGAGGCCCUCCUCAACUUCCUCUACGACCACAUUGAGCGCGGCCAGGAGUCCCAGGUCCGUGUCAGCUGGAAGCCCCGCACCGUCGUGCUCUGGGACAACCGCAUCACGGCACACACUGCCAACCUCGACUUUGACAACACCCCGGCUCGUCGCCACGGUGCUCGUCUCACUCCCCAGGCCGAGCGCCCUACCCUCUAA